AUGUGCCGCGUAAAUUUGAAUGCUCUGCUUUUGAAACCAGAAAUUGAGAAAUUUCAAGGUUCAGAUGGAAAAAAGGAAGACGAAGAAAAGAAGUAUCUCGAUGUCAUCAGCAACAAAAACAUAAAGCUGUCUGAGAGAGUAUUGAUUCCCGUCAAACAAUACCCAAAGUUCAAUUUUGUUGGGAAAUUGCUUGGACCAAGAGGAAACUCCUUGAAGAGGCUCCAGGAAGAAACAGGCGCUAAGAUGUCUAUCCUGGGCAAAGGAUCAAUGCGUGAUAAAGCAAAGGAAGAAGAGCUGAGGAAGAGUGGGGAGGCCAAGUACGCACACCUGAGCGACGAGCUGCAUGUAUUAAUUGAAGUUUUUGCUCCACCUGGGGAGGCCUAUUCACGGAUGAGUCAUGCCUUGGAAGAGAUUAAAAAAUUCCUGGUUCCUGACUACAAUGAUGAAAUUCGCCAGGAACAACUCAGGGAGUUGUCUUACUUAAAUGGCUCAGAAGAAUCUGGCCGUGGCCGAGGUCUUAGAGGCAGAGGAAUCAGAAUAACUCCCAUAGCUCCUUCAAGGGGCCGUGGGGGCGCGAUUCCUCCACCACCACCACCUGGACGAGGUGUCCUCACCCCUAGGGGGACCACUGUGACCCGUGGAGCUCUUCCAGUGCCACCAAUAGCAAGAGGUGUCCCUACACCUCGUGCCCGGGGGACAGCGGCAGUACCAGGAUACAGAGCACCCCCACCUCCAGCCCCUGAGGCUUAUGAAGAAUACUGGGUGCAUACAAAAUUUCAGAUGCGUCUGCUGGACCGCCGGCGGCGAUCUCUAGGGUCUCUAACUGGACUACAG